AUGACCAGUUGCAGACAACUAGAGAUUCAAUUUGAAGAUCAAAACCCACAAAAAUGGUGUCAUCUGCUCAAAGAAGAAGCGUUUCAAGCCUUAACGAGGAAGGAAAUUCCGAAUGUCCAUAAGGUGUUCGACGAAAGGUCUCUGUUAAGUCCACUCUUGUUCGGGAAAUUCUUUGAUCCGUCUGAUGCCUUUCCUCUGUGGGAAUUUGAGUCUGCUGUAUUGUUAUCCAAUCUCUAUAGCUCGGGCCAGCGCAGUGUGGAUUGGUUCCAAACUGAUGAUGGUUGUGUUUUGAAAGCCGAACUACCUGGUGAGCGAACAGGAUUAGGCAACAGUACCCUUCAAGUUUGUGUUGAAGGUGGUAAGGUUCUGGAGAUUAGAGGGGAAUGGAGGCAACACAAAGAUCCCAAGAGAAAGGACUGGAGAAGCGGCCACUGGUGGGAACAUGGAUAUGUUCGUAGGCUCGAACUGCCUGAAAACUUGGAUUGGAGAAAAUUGGAGGCAAAUGUGAAAAACGAUGUAACUUUAGAGAUUAAAAUCCCCAACAACUAUUCGGAUAGUGAUACACUUCAAGCAAAUUAG